AUGUCUCUCCGAACCGAAGUGCUGCUCAUCGUGGCCGUCCUGGUGGGCUUCGCGAUGACCGCCAAGAUCCAGUACUCCAGGGGCUGGACUAACGGCGCCGAAGGGGACAGGCCCAAGAUCAAGAUCAACGACUGCCUGGCAGAGCUCACCCUCGCACAGAUCCAGAAGAGUCAAUUUCUCCCGAUCAAAAAUGUGGUUCCGCCUCCAAAGCCUGCUGCUCGUCGCCCUCCUGAUCGGAUCCGCCCUGGCCCAGACCUUCCAGUAUUCCAGAGGCUGGACCAACGGGAAGAGGUCCUUUCCAGGCUCACCGACAGUCUGCCAAAUCCAGAGGCUAAGGGCCAUGAUGCAAGGAAAGCCAUUCCCACCGGUAAGGAUAUUUCCUACCACCUCCUCUGCGACCUCUACCGCCUUCCUGAGGAAGACCUGAAGAUGGACCAACUGGACAAGACUCAGCUGAGGAAUCCUGGAGCAGAAGAUACCAUCGAGAAGUGAAUUGUCUACCGAUAGAACAUAUAUAGCUAAGCCAAUGAACAUCCAACAAACGAAUUCUAUUUUAAAGGGCUAAAGAAUAUGUAAAAUAUAUUUGGAUAUAAUAAAUAUCUUUACAAGUU